CCACCUCCCCCCAGUCCCCACCCGCCCGCCUCCCCCUCUCCCACCGCGGCUUAUCCACCACCACCAGCAGCUCCGCCGCCGGGCCGGAUCGAACGGGAUCGUGCUGCGCAGCCGCCUCCGCCAACGCGAGAUCCUGAUCCUACCAUGCUGCGGCGCUGCGCUCUCGCCCGAUCGCGCCGGCCCGCCGCACGGCGCCUCCCGUUCCCCGACGACCACCCCCUCCUUGCCGUGUUCUCCUUCCUCUUCAUCCCCACCUAAAUUAAGUGUUUGCCGCGGGGUCCUUGGGUUUCUUGGUUGCUGGGGGUGGACGGAUCGCCACCUGUUCGACCAACGGGAUGAGCCGUGAGGGGCAAAAGCUUGAUUGUGGCGGCGGCGGCGGCGGCGGUGUCGGAAUUGGGGUGCUGUCGAUGGACCUGCUGGGCCAGGUGCUCGACCGCCUGCGGGAGCCGCGGGACCGCAAGGCGUGCCGCCUCGUCAGCCGCGCCUUCGAGGGCGCCGAGGCCGCUCAUCGCCGCGCGCUGCGGGCGCUCCGGAGGGAGCCGCUCCCGCGCCUGCUCCGCACGUUCCCGGCGCUCGAGCGGCUCGACCUCUCCGCGUGCGCCUCGCUCGACGACGCCUCCCUCGCCGCGGCCGUGGCCGGCGUCGGCGCGGACCUCGGCAUCCGGCGCGUGUGCCUGGCGCGCGCCAGCGGCGUGGGGUGGCGCGGGCUGGAGGCGCUAGUGGCCGCAUGCCCCAGGCUGGAGGCGGUUGACCUGUCGCACUGCGUGGGCGCCGGUGACCGCGAGGCCGCGGCGCUGGCGGCCGCUGCGGGGCUGAGGGAGCUGAGGUUGGAUAAGUGCCUCGGCGUCACGGACAUGGGGCUCGCCAAGGUAGCUGUUGGGUGCCCCAAGCUGGAGAAGCUGAGUGUCAAGUGGUGCCUUGAGAUCUCCGACAUCGGCAUCGAUCUGCUUGCCAAGAAGUGCCGCGAGCUCCGCAGCCUUGACAUCUCCUACCUACAGGUGGGCAAUGAAUCCCUUAAAUCAAUAUCCUCACUUGAGAAGCUAGAGGAGUUGGCAAUGGUCGGUUGCUCAUGUAUAGAUGAUGACGGCUUGGAAUUGCUAAGCAAGGGAAGCAACUCACUGCAGAGUGUUGAUGUGUCAAGAUGUGAUCAUGUGACUUCCCAGGGAUUAGCUUCACUCUUAGAUGGUCACAAUUUUCUCCAGAAAUUAUACGCUGCAGAUUGUUUGCAUGAGAUAGGACAGUGUUUUCUGUCCAAGCUGGCAAUGCUGAAGGAAACCUUGACUGUGUUGAAACUUGAUGGCCUUGAAGUCUCGGCCUCCCUCCUUCAAGCCAUUGGUGAAGGUUGCGACAACUUGGUUGAGAUUGGACUUAGCAAAUGCAGCGGUGUUACAGAUGAGGGAAUCUCAUCUCUGGUAGCCCGAUGUAGCCACUUAAGGACAAUUGAUCUCACAUGCUGCAAUCUCAUCACCAACAAUGCCCUUGAUUCAAUAGCUGACAACUGUAAGAUGGUCGAAUGCCUCCGGUUGGAAUCCUGCUCUUUGAUAAAUGAGAAGGGAAUAGAGCGAAUCACAACAUGUUGCCCCAAUCUUAAGGAGAUAGACCUCACUGACUGCGGAGUGAAUGAUGCAGCAUUGCAGCACUUGGCUAAGUGCUCUGAACUGCUUAUAUUGAAAUUAGGCCUAUGCUCUAGUAUUUCUGACAAGGGCCUUGCUUUUAUUAGUUCAAACUGUGGAAAGCUCAUGGAGCUUGACCUGUACCGGUGCAACUCUAUUACUGAUGAUGGGUUGGCAGCUUUAGCCAAUGGCUGCAAGAAGAUUAAGUUGCUUAACUUGUGCUACUGCAACAAGAUUACUGAUAGUGGUUUGAGCCACUUAGGCUCCCUUGAGGAGCUCACAAACCUUGAACUAAGGUGCUUGGGCCGCAUCACAGGCAUUGGAAUCUCCUCAAUUGCAAUUGGAUGCAAAAACUUGAUAGAACUAGACUUGAAACGUUGCUAUUCGGUUGAUGACGCUGGCCUGUGGGCCCUUGCUCGUUAUGCUCUGAACCUGAGACAGCUUACUAUAUCGUACUGCCAAGUCACUGGCUUGGGCCUGUGCCACCUGCUGAGCUCCCUGAGGUGCCUUCAGGAUAUUAAAAUGGUGCACCUCUCAUGGGUCUCUAUAGAAGGAUUUGAGAUGGCGCUGAGAGCUGCCUGCGGGAGACUGAAGAAGCUGAAGAUGCUCAGCGUACUGAAGACCCUGUUGUCCCCCGAGCUGCUGCAGAUGCUGCAGGUGUGCGGCUGCCGAAUCCGAUGGGUCAACAAGCCUCUCGUCUACAAGGACUGAACUCGCGUUCGUUUCAUCGUUUGUGCAGUGUUAAGAUACCCAGACUGUCCACUCUUCCAGGUUUGGGCCUGCUUGUGUGUUGUGAGGCCCGUUAGAUUAUCUGCAAUAAUUGCUUGGGACGUAAGUUGCGAUUCCCAAGUUGUGGUUACAAUCGGGUUUGCAUUUCGGUGCCAUCUCGGCGCAGUUGGCGAGUUGUGAGAAGCAAACUCGUUAUCUUCGGUUCAGUGUCUGCAUGGCUUCCAGCGGAAUGUUCUGCUUUCUGUGAAUAGUUGGUUUAUGAAAGAAUCAUGAGAUAUGAUGUGUUUUGUAUCA